CCCAAGUGCUUUCGCGUCGCGGGGUUGGGCGGCUGCCUCCGGAACACCCGCGCUCUUCUUCCUGGGCUCCAGUCCUUCGCCGCUGCCGCCCCACCAUGGCUCGUGGCCCUGCUCGGAGGGGUGCGAGGCAGCCAGAGCCCCAACUGCUGUCGCUGUUGCCGCUGCUUCUGCUACUGCUACGGGACGCGGGCGGCAGCCACAUGGCCCCUGGCUGGUCCGCAGCGCCCGCCGCGGCCACCGGCAUGCGAGGGGACAAGGACCCCCAGCCGUCCCUAGGGGACGCAGCGGCUGCACUGGGCCCUGGCGCGCAAGACAUGGUCGCUGUCCACAUGCUCCGGCUGUAUGAGAAGUACAGCCGGCGGGGCGUGCAACCCGGGGGGAGCAACACGGUCCGCAGCUUCCGUGCGCGGCUGGAGGUGGUCGACCAGAAGGCCGUGUACCUGUUCAACCUGACCUCGGUGCAGGAUUCGGAAAUGAUUCUCACGGCCACCUUCCACUUCUAUUUGGAGCCACCGCGGCGGUGGCCCCAGGCACGCGGGGUGCCCUGCCCGCCUGCCCGAGCCCAGGGUACGUCCUGCCGCCCGCAGGCCCCCGGCCCGCCAGCGCGCCUGCACCUGCUCUUCCGCAGCCUUCCGCAGAACUCGGCCACGCAAGGACUGCUCCGCGGGGCCCUGGCCCUGGCUCUGCCACCGCGUGGCCUGUGGCAGGCCAGGGACAUCUCGCCCAUCAUCAAGGCGGCGCGCAGGGACGGCGAGCUGUUGCUGUCGGCCCAGCUCGAUGCCGCCCCAGCCGCCUGGGAGAGGGGCCCUGGGAGCCCCAGGCCCCCCAGCGCGCACGCGCCCUAUAUCCUCAUCUACGCCAAUGACCUGGCCAUCUCGGAGCCCAAUAGUGUGGCCGUGACGCUGCAGAGAUAUGAUCCCUUCCCAGCUGGAGAGCCCGAGCCCCGGGCGGCCCCCAACAGCUCGGCGGACCCCCGCGUGCGCCGGGCCGCUGCCUCCUCCGCACAGGCCCUAGGGCCCCUGCAGGACAACGAGCUGCCGGGGUUGGACGAAAGGCGCUCCCCAGAGCACUCUGGCCCAGACUACCACAAGCACGAGCUGUGGCCCAGCCCGUUUCGGGCGCUGAAGCCUCGACCAGGACGCAAAGAACGCCGCAGGAAGGGCCAGGAGCUGCUCACAGCAGCCUCGCAGGUGCUGGACUUCGAUGAAAAAACCAUGCAGAAAGCCCGCAGGAGGCAGUGGGACGAACCCCGCGUUUGCUCGCGGAGGUACCUGAAGGUGGACUUCGCCGACAUCGGUUGGAACGGUUGGAUCAUCUCUCCCAAAGCCUUCGACGCCUACUACUGUGCUGGCGCCUGCGAGUUCCCCAUGCCCAAGGUCGUUCGUCCGUCCAACCAUGCCACCAUCCAGAGCAUCGUCAGGGCUGUGGGCAUCGUGCCCGGCGUGCCAGAACCCUGCUGUGUCCCCGACAAGAUGAGCUCCCUGGGGGUCCUUUUCCUGGAUGAGAAUCGGAACGUGGUUCUGAAGGUGUACCCCAACAUGGCCGUGGAGACCUGCGCCUGCCGCUGACGAACCCAGGACUGCAGCGGCCUGAUUUCAGGGCCCGGACCUUGCGGGGGAUAUGCAGCCGCAGGGCACAGGGCAGCCCCAGUGAGAGGCAUGCCUGGGCAGGGGACUGCCUGCCAUCCUGUCCCAUGUGGGCCGUGUCCCCACUGCGCUCCUGUGCUCCGCUCACCACACUGGGAAGAGGACCUGCUUGCUUCCUUGUCCGUGGGAGUUGCUCUGCGUGAUGGCCACUUGAGGCCACUGCCCAGUGACUGGGGACACGGGGUGGGGGGUCCCCACUGUGCUUCACGUGGGUGCCUUCCUGCCGACCCUGCUGCAUGAGCUGGUAUACAUGCAGCACGCCCCUGUAGCCCAUAGUGGUUCCCUUUUCCUAAUCUCUAUUUUCAUUCUAAAGCCAAAAGGAGGGGGAGCUGACAUCCUUCUCCACAAAGAAUCGUGGCUGGUAGGGGUGGUUGAUUAUCUGCGUCUGGAGGAGAUGUGCCUACUAAAAAGUAACCAAGAUUUUCUAUUUUUAUAAAUUAUACUGUCUAUGCUGUAGAUGGUGGAUGGGGCAUGUUUUUAUGGAGAGCUAAUAAAU